AUGGUUGGUGGACGUGGUCGUGGUCGUCGAGGACAGGUUCCGAUUGAGGAAGUCCAACACCGUGACCGUAAUGUUCAGGAUGUGACGAUUGAAGAUUUGCAGAGACAAGUUGCGGAGUUAACCCAACGUUUGGCGGAACAGGAGUUCGGUAAUCAUGAUUUGAAGCGCUCACGGGAGCGACAGGGGAAAUCCAAAAUUACUAACUGGGAGAAGAUGAAGAAGAAGAUGAGAGGGCACUUCCUCCCUUUCGGCUAUACUCAAACCUUGUUUCAGAGGCUCCAUUCACUAAGGCAAGGCGCAAGAUCAGUCAAUGAUUAUACUGAAGAAUUCUAUCAGUUGGUGGCUCGAAAUGAUUUAUCUGAAACGGAGGAACAGAUGGUAGCACGGUAUUUGGGGGGAUUAAGGCAGCCCCUGCAGGAUGUUCUUAGCCUUCAUUCAUUGUGGACAGUUUUCGAGGCAUAUCAGCGAGCACUUGCAGUAGAGAAACAACAAAGUAGGAGGCCAGUGGUCAGAGGUGAAGGAAGUCAGCCAGUUCGCCCUCAAGAAUCUCGUCCUGCUUAUCAGCUACAGCGGGAUAGUUCCAGCUCAAGUAUUAAGUGCUUUAGGUGUGAUGAACAGGGACAUAGGGCGACUGAUUGCAGGAAGCCUGCUGGUCAGAAGAAUAAAAAUCUUCUGAUUGAGGAGGAUAUGAUAGAGGAGUUUGGGGAAGUUGGGGAACCCAUGUAUGAUGAGGGUGUAGAUGAGGACGUGCUAUAUGGAGAUGGUCAGGAGACCCUGGUUGUUCGAAAGAGCCUGCUGACUCCCAAGGGCGACUCAGGGGAUGAUUGGUUGAGGACCAACAUUUUUCACACAACCUGCACAGUUGCUGAUAAAGUCUGUAAGCUGAUAAUUGAUAGUGGCAGUUGUGAGAAUGUAGUGUCUGAGGAGGUUAUCGAGAAACUACAACUGAAGAUGGAUUGUCAUCCCAAACCAUACAAGUUGUCUUGGCUGAAUAAAGGCAGUGAGGUAACGAUAGAAAAACGAUGCUUAGUGUCUUUCUCAAUUGGAAAAAAAUAUUUUGAUAACGCUUGGUUUGAUGUGGUAUCAAUGGAAGCCUGUCAUGUUUUGUUGGGACGACCUUGGCAGUAUGAUCGUAGUGUUAUCCAUGAUGGGCGGAAGAAUACUUAUUCUCUUAGUAUCAAAGGAAAGAGAAUUGUUUUGGUGCCUCACAGGGAAGGAAACAUCCCUACCUCGGUAGUUAAAAACCCCAAUCUACUUUCUAUGUCCAGGUUUUUGGUUGAGGUUGGGCGUGAAAAAAUAGUUUAUGCUUUAAUGCCUCGUGAAAAUAGUACGGCGAGUGUGGAUUCAGAAUUUCCAGCAGAAGUACAGCAACUACUGAUGGAGUUUUCUGACUUGAUGCCAGAGGAUCUUCCUCCAGGAUUACCACCUAUGAGGGACAUUCAACAUCAGAUCGACCUCAUUCCGGGGUCGAGUCUACCAAAUCGACCAGCAUAUCGCCUCAGUCCCAAGGAAGCUGAAGAGUUGCAGCGACAGCUGGUAGAAUUAUUGGAAAGGGGCUACAUUCGUGAGAGUAUGAGUUCUUGUGUAGUUCCUGCUCUCCUAGUGCCGAAGAAAGAUGGGUCAUGGCGUAUGUGUGUUGACAGCAGGGCAAUUAACAGGAUUACAGUGAAGUACAGGUUUCCAAUUCCCCGUCUGGACGACAUGUUGGAUCAAUUGUCCGGUUCUAAGGUUUUCUCAAAAAUUGACCUUAAAAGUGGAUACCACCAGAUCAGAAUCAGACCUGGAGAUGAGUGGAAGACCGCGUUCAAGACACAGCAUGGGUUGUACGAGUGGAUGGUCAUGCCCUUUGGACUAUCCAACGCACCCAGCACUUUUAUGAGGUUUAUGCAUCAGGUUUUACGGCCUUUCAUGGGGAAAUUUGUGGUAGUUUAUUUUGAUGACAUACUUAUUUAUAGUCUGACAUGGGAGUCACAUUUUAAUCAUCUUCGUGCUGUCUUUGAUGUAAUGAGGACGGAGCGCUUAUUCGUCAAUCAGAAUAAGUGUUCUUUCUUCACAACUUCUGUAACUUUUUUGGGUUUUGUUGUGUCUACUGAUGGUGUUCAUGCAGAUCAAUCCAAAAUUGAGGCAGUUUUGAAUUGGCCGAAACCAAAAACUUUGCACGAUGUCAGGAGUUUCCAUGGAUUGGCAUCCUUCUAUCGUCGAUUCAUCAGAAACUUUAGUACCUUGAUUGCUCCUAUCACAGACUACCUUAAAGGGCGUGAUUUUCAGUGGACUGAGGAGGCAGAGGCUAGCUUUCAGUUGGUUAAGUAGAAGAUGACGGAGGCCCCAGUCUUGGCACUUUCGAAUUUUGAAAAGGUGUUCGAGGUAAAUUGUGAUGCGUCUGGAGUUGGCAUUGGUGGUGUUCUGAGUCAGGAGGGACG